AUGACUACAACAAAGGCCAUCCUAUUUCUGCUUGCACUGCUUGUCUGGCAUUUUGAAGCAGUGACAGCAUAUUCAAUCAACCAUGAAGAGUUCCUUCCUCGAGGCCCUGCUAGUGUUGACGAUGAAUACACCUGUUCGAGGACCAAGAGAUGCAAGAUCGGGUGUUGCGGUCCACUAGACAAAACGACCGGCACAGGCAACUGCGGCUAUGGCUUAGACUUCUGUGGAAAGGCGUGCAGUGCGGACUGUGACCGCAAGAGCGAAUGUGACCCAGGCUGGGGACGUGAAUGGUCGGUUGCCUUACACUGCCCUCUCAAUGUCUGCUGCAGCAAGUUCGGAUUCUGUGGAACCACAUCCAGUUUCUGUGGGGACGCCAAGGUGCUCUCGCCUGCGUGUAAUGGGAAGAGUGCCCAUGAACGGACCAUCGGAUACUACGAAGGCUGGAAUCUGGAGCAUGCAUGCGGAAAAAUGACACCAGAGCAGAUCCCUCUCGGCUACUACACGCACCUCAACUUUGCCUUUGCGUACAUCGACCCUCAGACCUUCCGCAUCGCCCUGAUGAACAACAAUACAGCAUCACUGUACAAGGCAGUGACAGGACUGAAGCGCAAGCAAUCGAACUUGCAGGUGUGGAUCGCCAUCGGAGGCUGGGCCAUGAACGACCCCAGUCCGACGCAAUUCACCUUCUCUGACCUGGCGGCCUCUCAAACCGCCCAAGACGCAUUCUUCGAGUCGCUCCUCAGCUUGAUGCAGACCAACGACUUUGACGGGGUGGACUUGGACUGGGAGUAUCCGGUGUCAGAGGAUCAUGGCGGUCGCCCAGCAGACUUCGUCAAUUUCGUGGCGCUGCUGAAGCGACUCAGGGAGCGCUUGGAUCAGUCGGGGCGAAGAUACGGCAUUUCGAUUACUUUGCCCGCAUCCUACUGGUACCUACGCGGCUUCGACAUCGUCAAUCUCGAACCCCACGUGGACUUCCUCAACAUGGUGACCUAUGACAUUCACGGAACCUGGGACAAAACCAACCACGACGACCCCUACAAGGCCUGCGCGCACACCAACCUUACGGAAAUCAACCGCGCCCUUGAGCUCCUCUGGCGCAACAACAUCAACCCCGCCCGCGUGAACCUGGGCCUGGGCUUCUACGGCCGCAGCUUCACGAUGAAAGACCCACAAUGCACGGCGCCGGGCUGCCAAUUUACAUCCGGCGGACGCCCCGGCGAGUGCACGACCACCGCUGGCGUGCUGUCAAACACGGAGAUCCAAAAGGUGCUCAGCGUCAACGCCACAGGAACUCAUGUUACGUUCUACAAGGAGGAUGCCGUCAAGGUGCUCACGUGGGAUAAGAAUCAGUGGGUGAUUUAUGAUGAUACGGAGACGCUGAGGCUCAAGCUGGAGCUGGCGAAUCGCCGGUGUCUGGGGGGCACGAUGGUGUGGGCGGUGGAUCUGGAUACCGAUGGGAUGCUGAUCGAGGCGUUGGGAUCGGCGAUGGGGAAGAAGAAGGCCCAGGUCUGGGAUAUUGGGGAGCUGUAUUCGUUGUUGAUCCCCGAGUGGGGCACUGAGGAUGUGGAUGAUGUGCUGGGGUGGAAGGAAAAGCAUCAGGACCAGCAGCAGGCUCUUAUGGGGUGA